AUGGCAACAGCAGCAGUUCUACCGCCCGCUUCAACCGGACCGGUGAAAGCGGCAGUGAAGCCAUCCAUCGAAGAAGCGGAAGAGGAGUUGGAUCUGUACCAGGAAGUCAAGGGAUUGGAGAAACAGCUUGAAUUUGUGGAGUUACAGGAAGAGUACUUGAAGGAUGAAAUGCGUCAUUUGCAGCGCGAGCUUUUGCGGGCCAAGGAAGAAAUUCGUCGAAUCCAAUCCGUUCCCUUGGUCAUUGGACAAUUCAACGAGAUGAUUGAUGCAAACUAUGGGAUUGUAUCCAGCACUGCGGGGUCCAACUACUACGUCCGCAUUCUCAGUACUCUGGACCGUGAGCUUUUGAAGCCAAACACCAGUAUUGCGCUUCACCGACACUCCCACUCUGUUGUAGACAUUCUGCCUCCUGAGAGUGAUUCCACUGUCAAACUCAUGACAGAAAAGCCCACGGUCAGCUACAAAGACAUUGGAGGUCUGGACAUUCAGAAACAGGAAGUUCGAGAGGCUAUUGAGCUGCCUUUGAUCCAGCAUCAUCUCUACCAGCAAAUUGGAAUUGAUCCUCCUCGAGGUGUUUUACUCUACGGACCGCCUGGUACCGGAAAAACAAUGAUGGCCAAAGCUGUUGCCAACGCCACGGAGGCCACUUUCAUCUCCAUGGUCGGAUCGGAAUUCGUUCAAAAAUACCUGGGAGAGGGUCCACGUAUGGUUCGUGAUGUUUUCCGGUUGGCUCGAGAAAAUUCACCUUGCAUCGUCUUUAUUGACGAGAUUGAUGCCAUCGCUACCAAGCGUUUUGAUGCACAAACAGGUGCUGAUCGCGAAGUGCAACGUAUUUUGUUGGAGUUGCUAAACCAAAUGGAUGGAUUUGAUCAAACAACCAACAUCAAAGUCAUUAUGGCUACCAACCGUGCUGACACACUCGAUCCUGCCUUGUUGCGGCCUGGUCGAUUGGAUCGUAAGAUUGAAUUCCCCAACCCGGACAGACGCCAGAAGCGUAUGGUGUUCCAGGCAGCCACAUCCAAAAUGAACUUGAGUGAUGAGCUGGAUCUAGAGGAUUACGUCAACCGAAGUGAAAAGAUUUCCUCCUCUGAUAUCAGUUCCAUCUGCGCGGAGGCAGGUUUGCAGGCAGUUCGAGAGAAUCGAUAUGUGGUACUGCCAAAAGACUUUGACAAGGCUUACAAAAAGGCCGUGAGCAAUCGUGAGAAGGAACAUCUCUUUUACACAAUUUGA